GAUAGAUAAGCCGAGAAUGUAUUUAAAAUCAUGAAUUUGAUCCUUGGAGCGUUGAAAUUUAAAGGGCAUUUUAAUUCCCCUGGAGGACAAAUUAAUAGAGGCCAAUUUGCCGACAAUUGUGGUGAUAAUAGUGCUGGUGUUAUCUUAAAUCGUCGAAAACACCGAAUGGUUGCAAUUUCUUUUUAAUAACUACAUUCUGGGGUGACGCGAGAUUUGAGAUCGCGAGCGAUGACGGAGAGAAGAGCACUGACAGUGGAAUAAUACAAGAUACUCACCGUCUCAGAAUGAAUUUCGCGUUUAUGGUGGCCUCGUUGCUUUUAAAUACAUCUAUUUUGACAGGUGAGUUACCGUAGCUUUGGUGAAUUGAAGGGCUUUAUGAGGUUCUAAAACGUGACAGACUUUUGUGGCCUAGUUUGCGGUCGCUGUAUGAGCCAUUAUCGGUGUCUCCAGAAAAACGAGCCGAGUAGGAAUCAAUGAUCCACUUUAUUAAGACUUUUAAAACGACAUACAUUCUACAUUUCUACAUUCUACAUUUCUUUAAUUUAUGUAUAUUUUCCCUGUUUUAGUUCUUCUAUUAUUUGUAAAAGACUCUCCUUUGCGUUUGAAUAUGGAAUUUUGAUCGGCUAAAGCAUCUCACGCCAGAUAACGAUAAGGCAUUCCAAAGACAAUGUACGACGAUGAAUGAAAUGAAUAUUCUUUUAUCUUUGACAAUUAGCGAGCAGACCUUUGCUUAACCUUCAUAACAUCGAUUUGUUUUAAUGGACGCCAUUUGCUGAUUGCUAAAAGCCUUUUGACAAAUACUAUUUUAGCCUAAUUUGCAACAUUCCUGAGAGAUCGUUCUUGCGAUAAAAUAUUACAAGAUGCCCGGUGGCCUCUUGUUCUACGCUCCCUUUUACUUACUAUUUUCACUCCGUCAAUUUUGGACAGAAAUUCCAACCAGUAUUUUUUAAAGUGGUAGAUUGUGGGAAGGUAAACACCAAUGACUGAUCAUGACUUUGACUCUCGCGCUUUUUAUUUCCCAUUUUUCCGACCUACUAGAAAAUACUGGUUUUUGCUUUGCUGUUCCGGAAUUUCUCUCUCUCUCUCUCUCUCUCUCUCUCUCUCUCUUUUUUCUUUCUGGAACCCUUUGAGUCCUCGGCGAGAAGGUAUCAAGGAAGUGUUUUCUCAAGCCAAGUUAAUUUUAGGAGCCAUAUCUAUAAUCCGCUUAGCAUUUCCGGUAAUCCGAUGUCGGCCAUCGGAUCGGACGUUGGACGUCGGUUGGGUCUUAGAACAUACACCGCCUCCCUUAAACUUAAGAAAGCAAGCUCCUUUCAGAGUAAACUAAGGCCUGCAGAACGGCAGAAGAAAUAGUUGGCAAAAUAGGGUAAUUUUAGAAAAAAUAAAUAACAAAAAGCUUUUUAGACGUGCUCGCGAAAACACAAAACAGGCGGAUUGCUGGAAACCACAACACAGAUUAAAUUGCGAAAGAUUCUAAGCCGGAUGUUUUUUUUCGCCGGCUUUCGGUAUAGUUCACCGAAUUCGGCGAGCUUUAGCGAAGUUCAGGGGCCUCUCAAAGAUGUCAUAAAAAUAUGUCGGCUUCUGAAGGAAACCACUUGAUUUCUCCGCUGGAAUUUUCCAAACUUAAAUUCGACACCGCUUUUGGAAAAUCGUUUUCUUAUCUUUGAAGCCAACAGUUAAUUCAGUUUCUAGACUUGUAAUCGAUAAAUUGCUCAGUCAGUCAUAUUAGCGAGGAGAAUUGGUCCAACCAGCUUCUAUAACAAACGCCUGGAAACAAGAACGAUAAAAAAUUUUCUCAGGUCAAACUGUCAUGUUGCAAAGCAAGGCACAUAUUUAGCUCUCUCUACUGGAAGAAUGGGCUUUUUUCACAACGCACCUGUUUCAGUGGCAAGUUGGGCUAGAUCACGUGGUCGGCAAGUGGCUCAAAACUGCCAUAUUAUGGUCUAAAAAUACAGGCAUCUGCAGAUACAAACGUUUACAGGAACUCACUAAGGCCUGUUUCAAACUUCGUGCUACUGAUGUUCUAAGCUGGCUCGAAUUCAGCACGACUGUAGCACCCUGACUAUAAUAGAGCACGACUGGGUUUCAGACCUCGAUUUAACUCAGUCGAAUAAAAUAACUUUGAUUUUAAUCAAAGUUAUAAAAAGCCGUUUAGGGAACUCUUAAAAUGUAUUCUAAUGUAUUUAUAAUAUAUGAAUUGAGCUCAGCACGGUAGUUGCCCGACGUUUGAAACCAAGUCGUACCACUGCCGUGUAGAACGGCCAAACGUGCCGUGCUAUACAGGCGUGGCACGACUUGGUUUCAAACGUCGUGCGACAGUGGUGCUAAAUUCGAAUUUAAUUCGAUCAACUGAGUUCGGCACGGCAGUAGCACGCGUUUGAAACAGGGCAAAGCACUAAUUCUGUAGAUUUCUGGAUAAAGAUUCGCCUUUCCGAUACAGCAGACACAAGAGCUAUCUUGACAAAACCACAAGUCAGAUAGGAUUAAGAUCAGGGCAUCGAGGUGGAAAGUCACGGGCAUGUCGGAGAAAGGACUUGAUAGAUAAAAUGCAAAUAAAGAGUACAUCCGCUACAUGUAAAAUCAAUAAUCCUUUUUAACACCCACUUAUUGUACGGGAGUCAAAGAAGAGUUCGUCGUGAAACAGGAGUUCGGCUGGUACCGGCAAAAUGUAGAUUUCUCUUACCACUUACCACUGAAAACGGGAAUUGAGAGACAUGUUUGAGUGAUUCGAAAUCAAUUAUUUGCCUACUGAAAGUCAAAAAAUCACUGAACACUUCCUCAUCUAAAAGAAACCUUCUUGGAAAGCCUAAAUUUCUCGAAUAGCAAUUUUAUGAAUAUGUUUCAGUUGCGAAGGCACUAUUUUUGCAUCUCUCAGUUGACUUUGUGCGCUGUGGCUAUAUGGCCGGUAACCGGUCAAGGUUUUCAAAACACUAAAUGACCGGCAGUCUGGUAUUUUCAAUAAAUUUGACUUAUCUAAGAAUCCCAACCAAUCCAAACAAUUUUAUGUCGAUUAAGAAAAGUCAAGCGAUCCUGAAAUGCUUUAUACUUCUCAAGUCUAGCGUUUGGUUUACGCUGGGCUCAGAAAACGAUACCAUGUUUUGUGACACUUAAACUUUUUUCAGCUUCCUCUUUCCUCUUUCCUUUUUCCUCUUUCCGCUUUCCUCUCUCCCGACUUAUCUAGGAAAGAUCGAAGCGACUCUGCUAAGCAGGGUAGACUGCCGGUCAUUUGGUGUUUUGACAAUCUUGACCGGCAGUCGACCUGAAAAAAGUUCUAAGUGUCACAAAACAUGGUUUUGUCUUCUGAGCCCAGCGUAAACCAAACGCUGGACUUGAGAUUUAUAAAGCAUUUCAGGAUCGUUUGACUUUUCUUAAAUGACAUAUGAUAAUUUAAAGCUGGAAUUUUUCGAUUUUGUGAAAUUUACUGAGAAUAUAGGACUGCCGGUCAUUUAGUGUUUUGAAACUGUGACCUUGACCGGUUACCGGCCAUAUAGGUGUUGGAUGAAAACGUUCAUACGAACAAUAGCACCUCUAAGAACUUCUAAAUUUCAACCUUACCAUUCCUUAAAUUCAAGUAGCUUUAGAAACCGUAAAAUAUAUCCAUAUUAUUUCUGUAUUGUUGUAGUUGCAGAUGUUCCUUUUCCUUUUCCUUUACUUAAUCUGUUGCAGUUAAUAUAUAAUUGUUUUGGUACUGGAAACUUCACGUCGAAGAUAAAGUCAAUAAAGUGCUCAUUUGUUUGCUUGCCAUGUUUAGACGCAAUUAGAUGUUAUCAGUGUAUUGAAAGAAGCUGGAAUGAUUGCCAACAAAGACAAAAAGAAAACGCCUGCAAUGACCCCACACUUCUGGGAAACUCUCACUGCUUUUCGGCAAGCGGAAAAUAUGACAAUGGCACUGCAAUUUUAGAAGUAAUGGCUAGGGGAUGCAUCGACUGCUCAGGUACAAUGAUCAUUAUUAAAAUUAUUUAUCUCUCUGUGAAGAGCAAAAUAUCAACGCUCUAAGCAUCUAAAUUACUUAUUUACAAAGCGUCAUUCCCUCCAUUCUGAUACCGGGGGUACUCCCUAUCCGGAUAAUGGCCUAUAUGGGGAAGCUCCGCCCGAAAGGGGUACCUUUUUCAGUCCUCAGUUAUAUGAAAAGGGAAGGGAUUUCACUUCUUGUCCACCUACCCCUCCCCAAAGCCAACAUUUUGCCCUAAGUGAGAAGUAAGUGUUAAGGUUGAAAUGUGGACAAUGAUCCGGACGAUCUGUCAUUUCGGUCGUAAAAAGGACAAAAGGGCUAAGAGAUGCAUUUUAUGGCGGUGAAAAAGUUGAAAAAACGUUCUUGUUUUGUUAUUUAUUCAUAUUUAAAAGACGGUCCAUUUACAGCAGUUAAAGGGGAUGCAAAGUUCUAAACGAGGUAUGUAAAAGGGGUACCAUUUUCCAAUAGAAGAUAUACGAAAAGGGUACCUUUUUCGUGAAAAAUGGUAUAUAAAAGGGUAAGGGGUUGGACCUCAGGGCGCAGCCACCCCAUAUAAAAAUGUUUUUAGUAUUCCCGGGGCUUCUGAUUAGGUGAACGCGCACUAGUGUUUUGCAAGAACCAAAACAUGAUAUUUUGUGCGGUCCACUUUUAGAUUUACCACAGACCUGCAGAAAUAGAGGUAGAAAAACAACCGUGGCUUCCAAUCACCAUUGCCCAAGAACUGCGCUGGCCUUUUUUGGCCGCUGAGAUGAGCGAUUAGACAUCUUUAGUUUUAUUCUUUAGAAAUUCAGUCUCCUGGACUUUUUUCCUUACGCAGAUAGACUUUAUUUGGUUGGCGCAAAGCCUUCAGUAAAUCUUAUAAGUAUAAUUUAUAUUUUUCUUACUGUGAUUCGCGGUCACGUCUAAGUCAAAUCCGGCGGAUUUUUCUUAGUUUUGAGGUGUACUUGGCACCGGUCGCAUCUUCUAGUGGAGACUUUGUCGAAGCGAAGCGAUGAUGGAAGUCUUCCGUCUUGCCUGUAAUUUAUUCACAAAUCCGAUCACUCGUUCACAGCUUGUUUAUUUGCAAUUCAUUCAAUAAUACACCACUUGAGCAGUUUGUCUACGUGACACAGACAGUUUGAUAACUCUUUAUUCACUAAGAUCCAAUUAAAUAAUUAAGGGUGCAUUAAUUUUGCGGUCCACUUUGGAAAACUUCCGACAGUCCACUUUAACGUCAGAAGGUCAUUUCAGGUCAGUUUUCGGCCUCUCCUAUAUAGCAGAAGUCGAUAGCAAAACAAAAUAAUACGCUUUUUGUCACAACCGUACUAGCGAUAAAAUGGACAAUUAUUUUUUUAAUUCAACCGACGUAAAGACAACUUUUAGCGUGACAUAACGCCUUUCAUCCGCGCACUUGUGACUGUCAAUUUUUAAAUAAAAUCUGCGCCUGACCGAACUAAGAACUGAGAGUUUCUGAACCGCUUUUUAGCGACCCUAAUUCAAUUACAAUUCAGAGAAAUUACAUUAAGCGAAAACGCUUCUUCUACUAAGUGCAAGUCAUUGAUGAUAUUGAUCAAGUGUAACUCCUUUUUCUUUUCUUGUAGACAAGAAAAAAGCCUGUGAUUCUUUAAAAUUAGUCUUAGCCUACACGGUCAACAGCAAGCCCCUAGGCUGUGACAUUGACUGCUGCACAGGAACCCUAUGCAACACAAGAGUACCACAGCCUACCAAUGCUUCCCGCCAGCAGGAACCAACUGUGAAGACGGUAAAAAUGUCCGACGGAGUAACUCGUCAUUCCUUACAUGUUGGUCUUUUAAUGAUGGUUGGAUAUUUAUCUCUUGUUUUGUUAUAGUCUAAAAUACUGGUCAUGAAGAAAGACCUUUCAAAGUUGAUGUAUAUGUUUUAUAACUCGAUGUUGAUGAGCAAAACUGAUGAA